UAAUACUAAUUACAACGAUGGAUUAUGCACGUCCCGUUGCUAAAGAACAACAAAACUGCGUAAGACACGUUUGAUGGUUGGAAUGCAAUGGAGCUUGACACCGCAUACAUUUAUGUCAAGAUAACAGAGUUGUAAGAUACACGUCGUACUCAAGUGAUAUUGCAGCUUCUAUCAUUGACACCACCAACAGAAAUCACAUUUCUUGAGGAAUUUUAUAGUACCAAAUCUCAUACACAUUAUACAAAGUGCGGAGUCAAACUGGGCAUUAUUUGGUUCGUCUACUGAAGCGAGGUAGAGAGAAUGUAAUGAAGUAGAAGUCCUGAACAUGGGGAGUCUCACAAUGGUGACAGCAGAUCCAGGUUCUCCAAGGUCCCGAAUUGAUGUUAGAGAUAGAGAUGACACUGAAGUGAUAAAUAUUAAAAACUGUCAUGGUGGACUAGGUAUAAAAAUAGCUGGUGGGAGAUCAGCCCUUGGAGCUGACUUUGGAAUCUUUGUCAAGAAAGUUUUGAGUGGAGGUGCUGCUGAUCUUGAUGGACAACUGAGAGAGGGAGAUCAACUAUUAGAAGUAAAUGGGUGCAGCCUGCUUGGGGUGUCAAAUGACAAGGCAAUGUCACUCUUGCGCAAUGCUGCCCAGACUAACAAUGCAAAAAUGGUUGUGAGCAGAGAUGUCCAGGCCAGGCAAGAGUUUGAAAAAUUGAUGACAGCGUUAAAUGGUGGAUCCACAUUAUCAGGUCUAACCAAUGGUUCUUCAGCACCAGGAUUAACAAGGAGCAGCAGUUUUGGUAGUUCACGAGCCUCAACCCCUUCGCCAACCAUGGGGAAACGUUCCUGGGUGAUGACUGCUGGCCGGAUGUCACCUCUAAUGGGUGGGAGACAUGGCAGUCCUGUCUUGUCACCCACCAGUUCACUUGAUAGACCUUCUGCCAGUCUUCAGAGGAUGUAUUCCAUGGACCUGCCAACACUUUCAGUUGGUCCUCCUGUGGUUCAACACACCCCUGGGGCUCAUGAACCUCCAUCUUACAACUCAAGUCUCCAAAAACUGUCCACACCAGCAAGCAGAACACAGUACACCCGUCACCUCAAUGGUGAAGCUCAUUCUCCGGAUGAAUCACCUGAAUUCAAUGGAAGUGGACAUCUAACUGUAGAACAGCAAAGCGUUUCAUCAGAGUUCACAAAUGAUUCUGGUCUGCCCACUGAUAGACAUUCAAAUAGCUCUUCUCCAACAUUUGACCAUCCUGGUGAACUGCAAACCAUACAGAUUCGGUACUCAACUGGACUUGGGCUGUGUAUUGUUGGUGGUACAAACAGACCUGAAGGGCCACAUAUCUAUGUUGAUGACAUUAUUGAGGGAGGAGACUCCCACAAGGACAGAAGACUCAAGAAAGGUGAUCGGCUCAUCUACAUUAAUGGAGAAACUCUCAUUGGAGUUACCCAUGAGCAAGCAAAAUCUCUUUUGACAAGACUUAAACUGAGGGGACAAGACACAGAAGUAACGUUUAUUCGAGGCGGCCAUAGACCUGGAAGUCAUACACCUAAUGGCUCAGCAAGUCCAGCACACAACAGUCCAAGACGGAACUCUGAAAAUGGAUUCCCAUCAACACAAAAUUUUCAUCUGAACCUCAGUGGGUUAGACAACUCAAGCUCUCGACCUUCGUCAAGCAGAUCGUCCCAAGCAAGUGAACCUGAUUUAAGUAACACAGAUGUUUUUAUGAAAGAGCUGUUGGCAGAGGGUUUAAGCCAACCCGCUAGAACUGGUAGCAGGGAAAGUAGCCUAAGUGUUGAAACUUUCCAAGGUAGUCCACAAUCACAGAUUUCACCCCCUGCAUUAUCAGAUUCCCAACCAGCUGUUAUGCAACCAACUUCGCAUCCAGUACAACCUGUGGGAGGUGUCAUGAACCAUUCAGUGAUGCCUAAUUCUCACCCACAGCUUGGUAAUGGUUUUUACCCAGCACCAAGUGCUGUUCCACAGCGAGUGUUUGGUAGUUUUCAGCCAGCUAUGUCAUCUACACCAACAACAGUUGAUAGCGUACCAAACAGAUUUCCUGUGAAUGUGGGACAAGCUCCUUGGAGUUCUUCUCCACCUUAUGUAAAUGGAGUGCUUGGGAAUCAACCACGGCUAAACCAACCAUCUGUUCCACUUACUGGAAAUGGUGCAGGGCCUUCUGCCCCAACACAGCCUCAACAACUACCACUUAGUUCACUGCAGAUAAGCCCUGUACAGACAGCGUUUGAACAAUCGUCAGUCCCUUACUACUUGCAACAAGAUCUGGAAGCCCUCCAGAGAGUCGCACAGCAGUACACUUCACCUCCUCCCGGCCAGCAGUCCAGUCCAAGCCCUGUAAAUUGACAGCAGUCGCUGUUGACCACAACAGCUGCGGCGGGAAGUAUAAGGGCCAAGCGACAUGGGCGUGGCAGCCGGCGACUGUCGCUGGACCCUAAUACCAAGUUGAAGGUGGAAAAAUUGGAAGUGGCCUUGAGGUAUUUAGGAUAUACUCCAACAGAAGACCAACAGCGUGAAUUGAGGCAAAGAUUACCGACGGACCAACAUGGCCUUGUGUCUUAUGGAGAUUUCGUGAACGUAGCAAGACAGGUGUUUGACUUUCAGUUGAAAGAUCAUUCUCUAAGUAGUUCAGCAGUGCAGUUCGCAGUACAAGAUGUUAAUGCAGCAACUGUGGCGACCGAAACGGAAUCAUAUGAAAAGAUGCAGCAACGAUCACAGCUUGCUUCAUUAGAGGCAAUGGCAAAGCAGAAUGCUGAAGAUGCUCAGCGGAUACGAAGAGAAAGAGACGAAGCCUUGCGUGAAGUGCAACACCUCAAGAAAUUACUAAAGAAGAAGGAGAAAGAUUGUCUAACGGCAGAGGAAGAACUUAUGAAAGCACGAAGGGAUGCAGAAGGUCUGUUAGAAGAAAGUAGAUCGCUUGAGAAGAAAGUUCAUCUGGCAUCUGAAGCUCAAAAAGCAGCCAAGGAUGUAGAACAAGACUAUGAGGAGGUAAUAAGACUUCUAGAGAAAGAACUGGAUACAUAUAAAGCGAAACAGGCGGAACCAAAUCCUGAUGUGAAGGAUCUCCAAGAGUUGCAGAAAAGACUGGUUGUUCUUGGGUGCCAACUUCGGAAAGCCGAAGUUGGUAAACGAACUUACGAAGUAGCCACUGACAAACUGAUUCACUUCGCUGAGUUGGUCCAUGAAACUCUGUCAGAGGGAGGGUCUGGAACUGUAUUAAUUUUUCGACCGAUACCAACCAUCAUGCUACCUACCCCUCCCUUGAAAACUCGUGGGUCGGCCCUUCCGUUUGGAUGGGAGGAAGCCUUCACGACAGAUGGUGUCAGAUAUUAUAUCAAUCAUGUGACACAGCAAACGUCUUGGCUCCACCCUGUCAGUCAAGUUCAACAUUUGCCACCAAUUGCUGAAAUCGAAGACAACGUCAGAGAAACGCAAACGUGACGUCAGUGUACCGCUCAGCCCCAACGACAUCACGUGACUACCGUUCAAGAGCGUGGGACGAACACGUGACAAUAUUGGUGUCAAGUUUGGAAAGAGUGUUUUCGAUUGUAAGGCAAAUUUAAAGCAAAGAAUCUACAAAAACCAAUCAGGGCAAUUGUGAAGAAAAACGUGAGAACAAGACGUAAAAUCACAAACAGAUGAUAGCUUAGGUGGCAUUAGUUUUUACAAAAUCUUUCUAAAGUUUGGAAAAACUUUAGUCUGUAAAGAAAGUUGAUUGUAACAGUAGUUUAUUAUGCUUAGCCAAUUAAUAUAGUUGACUGCUGUAGUUGAAGCUAAACCAUACACAUUUCUCAUAUGAGAGAGGAAUUUACCUUUGAAAGAGAAGAUUUAUAAAAUUUACCACCCAUGUGAUGCACAGAAAGAUAAAUUGAAAGGAUUACUAACAAAGUGAACUGUAUGACUGUUUUUAUUCAUUUUGUUUUUGUGUCCUUCAACUAUUUUAUUCUCACUAACAUGGACAGACACCUGUUUUUUCCUUCUAAUUUAUAACAAGAUUACAGGAACACUUAACUUUAUAUUGGUUGUUCUGUAGUUGGCAUAUUUUUUGUACCUCACUCUUUCUGUCUUUGAGUGUUAAUAUUGCAAGACGUAUUGUUUGAGAAUGUUUUUUUCAAGAUCUAUUCACUCCCAAGAUCUCUUCAUAAAUUUCCCUCGCUAUCUGUUUUUCUUCUCUUUCUUUACAUACUAGCUGUGAUCUGAAAAUUUCAAGGAAAAUAAAGCAUUAUCUCUUAGUCAAUUUUUCUCUUCAUUCUCGUGGCCUUUCUGUUUGAUAAUGCAUUGAUGCCCUAAGGAGAAAUUAACUACUGGUCACACUCAGGAGUUAAAGAAUUAAGGCUUAACAAACUUCACAAAUGUGCCUCUUUCUAGCCUUGCUUUUUAAUAAGGAUAUUUCUGUAUGCUAAUGUAAAUUUUGUUAAUAGAAGUCUAUUGUAUGAUUGCUGUAAUCUGACCAAAUCUGGCCAUCAUUUAAUCUUAUCAUGGAAUUAUUACUCAUUAUAAAUUAUUACAGGUAUGAUAUGAGAAUUGUCCCAGUUUUCCUCCACCUUGUUCAACUGGUAUAUUUUUAUAAAAUGAGUGCAGUGACCUCAGAGAGUAUUUCUGAAUGCUAAAGAAUGGUACAUCAUGUGAUCAAAUCAUUAGUAUCUAUAUAGUGUGAUAGAGGCCAGUACAUACUGCCAUCAAUAAAAUAUCAAAUAACUUUUAA